GCUAUUAGAAAAAUUUAUUUUCUUUCGAGUCCUUGAAGUGGUCAGAACUUUUAGAUCUUUCCAAAUAAAAUGGGUGAUUUUUCCAUGCAAUCGAUGAGCCUUAAACGCCGCCUCAACGUGGAGCCUGAGGAUGCCGGAGGUGACACUAAGCGUGAGAAAUUGGCAAGCAUCCAGAAACCAGAUGAAGAUUCGAUCGAGGAGACUCCAGACGGCGAUUACAAACUGGUCUUGCAUUUGGAUAGGACUUUCUUCGGCGGACUAGUGGGACCUAGGGGACGCACAAAGCGUUACAUGGAAACGUUAACCGAUACGGAAAUAUGCAUUCCCCAAAAGAAACAGAAAUCCAAUGAGGUGGUUAUCAUGGCCAAGAAACAGGUCCAGGUGUGCCUUGCCCUACGAGAGGUACGCAAGCGAAUUGCCAUUAUGCGCAGGAAGCUGAGUCCCACACAUUUUCUAGCCGUGGCUCUUAAUACGGGCGAAGUUUUGGAACGCUUUUUAGAACUAAAGAAAAACAUUUUGGAGGCUAAGUUGCCCGGCAUUGAUAAGGAGCUCUUCGUUCAGGAGAGCACCAUACACCUUACGCUGGGUAUCUAUGCGCUCAUCAACGAGAAGGAGCGCCAGAUGGCUCUCAAAGAGCUGGAGGUCUGUCGCUCCUUUUUGACGAACUUAAAAACUCCAUUUGAUAUUAAAGUCAAGGGUCUGGCGAUCAUGAACGACAAUCCUAAUUUCACACGCAUUCUCUUCGCCAAAAUCGAAUCUCCGGAGCUGCAAAAGUUCGCUGAUCAGUGCCUGGCCCACUUUCAGACCACCGGACUGUGCGCCAGGGACAAUAACGACAUUAAGUCUAUAAAGUUACAUAUGACAGUCAUGAACAUUCGCUAUCACACGGAAUUUAUGAUGAAGCACUCAAAAAGCUUCGAUGCCCGGGAAAUCCUGAAGCGCUUUGGCGACUUUGACUUCGGAUCAGCCCAAUGCAAUGUCGUGCACUUGUGCGCCAUGCAGUAUGAGAACGGUUUCUACAGAAUCGACGGGAGUCUAAAGUUCGAGAAUGAAGAAUCGAAGACUUUAGAAACAUCUUUGACUUUGCAAGAUUCAAAGACUUCAGAAGAAUCAAAAACUUCAGAAGAAUUGAAGACUUCAAAACAAUCAAAGGCUUCAGAGGAAUCAAAGGUUUCAAAGGAAUCAAAGAAUUCAAAAGAAUCAAAGGCUUCAAAAGGAUCGAAGACAAAAGAAUCAAAGGCUUCAGAGGAAUCAAAGAAUUCACAAAAAUCAAAGACUUCAAAAGGAUCGAAGACAGAAGAAUCAAAGGCUUCAAAGAAAUCAAAGAAUUGACAAGAUUCAAAGGAUUCAGAGGAAUCAAAGACUUAAAUGCGUUGUACAAUCAAAACAUUGUUAAAUACCUUACUUUUAAAAAUGCAAACUAGUUUUGUAAAACAAU